AUGAGCACUCCUCCGGUGCCCGGAGACCUGAAGCUGCCCCCGAGUCGGAGGAGCCAGUCGGAGUUCAGGGAACAAAGGAAACAGAAACUCAAGGAACAUUUGUUAAGAAGAAAAACCUUUUUUUCAUUGAAGCAGGAAAAUCGAAUAUUAUCCAGUUGUGGAAACCAAACAGUGAUGAUAUCUGAGGACCAGAUCCAGAAAGGAACUAGAGCUCCGAAUCUUAAGAUGAAAAUGGCUGAUAAAGAAAAUAUCAAUAGACCUAUAAAGAACAAAAAUAAUGCAGCACAGAACAAGGAUGGCAUUCCUUUGAAGCCGUCUAAUGAACUGAACAGUUCAGCUGCAGUAAUUGGUGGGAAACCUUUACAUGAUGAAAAUCAGGCUGUACAGCUACCAGUUAAGGAUGAUUGCCACAGUCAGCAUAUGACAUUGAGCCAAGCAUACCACCUUAAAAACAACAAUAAGAAGCCAGUGACUGUGGAAAAGACAAAACAAGAUUCUAACAUGCCCAAAAAGCCUGUGCUUGGAGCUUACCGUGGCCAAAUCGUCCAGUCUAAAGUUAAUUCAUUCUGGAAACCACACCCUGGCAAAGAUGUGAGUUCGACAACAACAAAAACACUCAUGAGUGCCAUCUCCAAAGUCCCAAAGCCGCAGCCUGUAAACACUAGCAGUGCAACAGUGAAAAGUGAGCAGGUUUCACACAAGACAGCUCAGGGUACGCAGCUGGUACGACCUCCUAUCAGAAGUCACCAGAUCAAAACCCACCACACCAGGGAACCAGGCGUCGCUAGAAGCUCUGCCAGUGUUACCAUCCGCAAAGGGCCUCAGGAGAAACAGUCAUUACAGUCCAAAGCAGCCCUCCCCAGCAUUAAAGCCAGCGCUUCUCAGGACAUAAGACGAAACCAAGCACAGUCCCGUGGUGUGGUGCCCGCACUGGGGGCGAAGCCUGCUGCAGCUUCCACUACCAAGUUGGUGGAGAAGCCCAAGCCCACAGGCCAGCAGAGACCUGCUGCAAGCGCAAAAGCAGCUGUUAGCAGUAAGGCAGGUCAGCCCAAAGAAACUGCAGAACAGAGAAGAUCUCGUCUGAGUGAGUGGAAAGCUGCUAAGGAAAGGGUGCUGAAAAGGCCUCCUAACCCAGGGGUCAAGCAGCCUGAGCCCAAAGAGCAGGAGGAAACCCCAGUCGGGUCCUUCUGGACAACCAUGGUAGAAGAGGAUGAACAAAGAUUAUUCACUGACAAAGUGAACAAGACCAUUUCUGAGUGCCUCAAGCUCAUCAGUGCGGGAUGCCAAAAAGAAGAAAUAUUGGCCAUAUUGAAUGACUUGAUUAAAAAUAUUCCAGAUGCCAAAAAACUCGUUAAAUAUUGGAUUUGUAUUGCAAAACUGGAGGCAGACACAAGCUCUGUCGAAGAGAUUAUUGGAAUCUAUGAGAAAGCCAUUCUGGCAGGGGCUCAGCCCAUGGAAGAGUUGCAGCAUGUAAUCGCAGACAUUCUAACAACGAAAACUCAAGAGGCUAAUCUUGGAGGAAAAACUGAAGAGGCUUGUGGAACCAAGGAAGAAACCCAAGAAGACGACACUGAAGAGAAAGGCCUUAAACAGACACCAGUAAAACAGGAGGCGGAGAGCAAACAUCACAGCAGUGUGGCAUUUGCAGAUUGUGAAGAAGAACAAGAUGACAAAACGAAAGAUUCAGCCAGUGAUGUCCUAACCCCCAGUACAGAAGCUGAAUCAAGUAGCAUAAUUAAAUACAGUGUAUCUACCACACCAUACUUGCGAAGUGCAAAAAAGAAGAUGCAAUUUGAUGAAACAAAUUCUGUGUUUAAAGAAUUGAAGUUUCUGACACCAGUGAGACGUUCCCGACGUAUUCAAGAGAAGACCUCAAAAUUGCCAGACAUGUUAAAAGACCACUAUCCUUGUGUGUCUUCACUGGAACAGCUGUCAGAGUUGGGAAAUGAAACUGAUGCUUUUGUCUGCCGCCCCAAUGCAGCGCUCUGGCCGAUGUACUCGGAGACAAAUGCAGAAGAAGAGGAAUAAAAGAAGCAUGGGUUUGUAGAGUUCCCGAGUAUCGUGUGGCUUUGUAUUUCCUUUGGUCUAGAGAUGGCUAAGUUUUGAAGAUCCGAAGUAUUUGUGACAACUCCUUGACUAACAUUUAUACUGUAGCAGGCAUUGCCUUUAUACAGUGGAGACAUGAUCUUAUACCUUGGCAGUCUCAACACUUUGUCUUUAAGAUAAAGUCUUGUCAGCUGGUUUGCUGUGCUCUCUGAGCAAAUAGAGAUUUUAUUGUGUUUGAUUCUUUACUAAAUCUAAAUAUGGUUGAAAUUCAUCAGAAAAUAAAAUGUUUUUGAAGAAAAUUCUAGUUUUGCACUGACAUCUUAGAAAGUUAAAUAACCCUCUUUGGUUAGUAUAUACUGCAUAAACCCAACUCCCUUCAAAUAUGCUGACACACAAGGUUGGGCUGUUAUUCCACCCAGGUCAGUUCCCCAUGCUGUCAUGCUUGUUGUGUCUGCUGCCUGUGGUUCUUCACAGUCACACUUCAUCAGGGCUGAUCUGUAUCUGUGGUCUCCUGGCCUCUUCUAAGAUCACCAAAAAGGAUAAAUAACCUGUUCCUAAAAGAAGGUAUUUUAUAAGAAAAAAAGCCUCACUUAGGGGAUCAUUUGAAAGUUUAAUCAGUUCUGUUUAUAACCUUCCUAUCUAAAACAUUAACUUCCAUAGCUACGUUUUAUAAUUUAUAA